CACAUCGUUCUCUCCUUCUCUGUGCAGCAACUAUGGCGACCUACGGCGGAAGCUCAUCUUCUGACCCCACGAGGAUGGUAACGUUAAAAACCUCAGACGGCGAGGAAAUCAAGGUGCCAGUAGCGAUUGCGAUGAAGUUCGUCCCAGUGAGAGAAUUCUUCAUGGGCGACCUUGAUCGCCCUGAAGUGGAGAACGCCGCCCCUUUCCCUCUCUCAAACGUGGACAGCUUGACUCUCGCCGAGAUCGUCUUCUUCAAUCAGAGAUCGCUCUACUUUCACUCGAAACUCAAAGAGAUUGUGGAAGAAGAGCCGUUGUGGGAGCUCCUUUUGAAAUACUGGCCAGUGGAGAAAAAGAUGCAGGAGUUCAAGGCGUGGUUUUUUGGCCGGCAGAGCGACGAGACGAUCGUUAAGCUGGUUAAGGCGGCGGACUUCUUGGAGAACAAGGAACUGCUGGAUUCCGUGAUGCCGAGCUUUAGGGAGAGGUUUGGACUUGAAGACGACAAGGGCGUUCACUUUGUUUAUACGGCUGAAGUAGAGGCAAUCCUUCUCAGGAGGGCCGCGUCGGCUUCUGGGGGGGCCAGAUUUUGAAGGCGUCGAUGAGGAUCAACAGAUCGAGACAACA